CGCAAUGUGUCAGUUAGUCAACAAUAACUUCACUUCGUGGGUUUAGUUGUUGUUGUUUUGUUUGUUUGUUUGUUUUUUUGUUUUAUUUUUAUCCGUUCAUUUACACAUUUACUGUUGUACACGGGACAAGUUAUUUAUUGGUCCGUGGUGAACAUGUGACUUUUAUGUUAAAAAACAAAAACGAGAAUGAGUGAUCGAGAGCUUGACCUUACCGAGGCCCAAAAGGCAAUAAAGGCCAAAUAUCCAGCUAUCAACAAGAAAUAUGAAUAUCUGGACCACACCGCAGAUGUCCAGCUGCACUCUUGGGGUGACUCACUGGAGGAGGCGUUUGAGCAGUGUGCCAUGGCAAUGUUUGGCUAUAUGACCGAUACGGAGACAGUAGAACCCAUUGAUACUAUAGAAGUUGAAUCGGAAGGUGAUGAUCUGGAAUCGCUUCUCUUUCACUUCCUAGAUGACUGGCUCUUCAAGUUCAGCGCCGAUGUCUUUUUCAUCCCUCGGGAGGUGAAAGUGUUACACUUAGACCGGGUGCGCUUCAGAAUCCGCUCUAUAGGUUGGGGUGAGGAGUUCAACCUGGCAAAACACCCACAAGGCACAGAAGUGAAAGCUAUUACCUACUCGGCUAUGCAGAUACACGACGAAGAGAAGCCAGAGAUUUUCGUCAUCAUCGACAUAUGAGAAAGAGGUUUUCUCUUCUCAGCUCGUGUGUCAAAAACAUCGCACAAACAUUUUAAUGGUAGAAACUGACUUCAGACUGUAACUUUAUAUUUUUUUUGACUGGUGAAAGCACCAAAGCACUGGAGAGAUGUUCUGUCUGGAGAGAUGUUCUGAACAGUGAUUUUAUUAAAGGUGUAGUUUCCUUAAAAACAGUUUUGCAGCAUUUACUGCUGUAUAAAAUCAAAGAGAAAAACAAACCUUAUACCCAUUUUUUUUUUAAUCUCCAUUGGGUAUCCAUUAAAAACACCAACAAACAAGGGAAAACAUGUCCCAACCUUUACAUAAUUUAUAGUGCCUAUAAAACAGACUUUUUAUUGACUGUUCAAAGUGUACAGCUUUUUUGUUUUGUAGUUUUCCUCCACUGUCCUGGGCCUAUGAGUGUUUUUUUUUUUUUUGACUGAAUCAUUGGAUUUCUCUUUCUGAUAUUCAUGCUGCCGUCUAUAAUGUACAUCAAGAUGUCAGGAACAACAUAAUUAAAAAUCCUGUUGCUACAAAACUGUUAACUAGUAAACUGUUGUGCUUGAUGCUCACCAUGGAUUUAUUUUCAUAUUUAGCAGACUAAAUCAUGAAAUGCUAGAGCCAAAAACUAUGGAUUCACUGAAAUAUUCACGUUAAAAUGCAACAUUGUUCAACAAACAAUGCUGUCCACUAAGGAGAACACGACUACUACAUUGAAUAUUUAUUGUUCAAAGACAUUUUAAUAAAUGGAUAUGAAUUGUACAUUAUGAAUUUGGAGAACUUGAUGCAUUUCGUCCACCCUGCAGAUAAAAUUCAAGACAACCUCGAUCAUGUUUUGAUCAUAAACUUUUUUUGUAACAAUGAAUAAAAAAAAGAAAAGGU